UUUAUUUUCAAAAAUAUUUUCCCUGCUUUGCAUUUCUUUUAAGUUAGGGGUGGUAGUGCACCAAAAAGCUGUUUGCUAAACGCCGAUAGACCGAAGAAGAAGAAGUGUCAGAAGCGCAGCAUGAUGGGAUAUGAGAGUCCUCCGGCGGCGCGUUGCCGCCAUGUCACCUCGAGAGAAACAGAUAGCGAUUUUCUCUCUUUUAGGCGUAAUAACUCUCGCUCUUUAUUGUAGUCCAUUUUUUCUUUUCACAACUUUAGCACUAGUAGCUUGCUUUAUUUUGUGUUAUUCUUUCCCCGCCUGGCUAGGCCUUAAUCCGCGGGCUGGACUGAAGGAGCCAGGUGUGCUCGGCCGCUGGUUGCUGGGUUUGGGGGUUACCGGCGUGUCGGUUCCCACACGGAGGAGAACAAAAACUAGCGACAACAACAGAAACGAGCGCCGGGAAGCGGAAAGGAACUUCGUACCAAGUCAUAGGGAAGCCGGGAUUUAUCGCGGCGAAGCUUUGUCAAGUGACUCAUUUCUUUUCAGUCCCAGAGAUUUCCUCAUGGGGAGUUACAUCGGUAAACCUGAAAGUCCGUCCUCGGAGUUUGUGAGGCCCAGAGUUGUGAGAAAUCCCCGAGAGCAGCUCAGAGAUAAGCUGUCCAGACCGAACCAUGCUGUCUGUACACCCAACAGGAGGCUGUCAUUUGCUGGGGAGCCAACAGGUACGGUGGGUAGAUUCUCCAUUACACCCCAUCGCCAUUACCCCCUGCAGCAGCCUGGUGCCUCAUCAGUGGGAGUUUUACCUCCUGUGAGGUGGGAUGGCUUCAGAAAGAAGAACAUCCUCAGUCCCCGUAACUCUUCAGCCACCCACAGUCCUGUCACUGUGAAAAUUGCCAGACCCAACCACAGCAGCCCCAGACUGGACCGUCUGAGUUGCACUGGGCUCCUAAAGGCUCCUGUGGACCCUUGCUCUAGAGAAAGUGUCCUCAAGGUGUUAAAAGAAAGCCGCAAAAGAGAAGUGGAGGAUGAGGACCGGAGCUUUACAACAGAGCAGCAUAGUAAACGAAGACGGAAUGACAGCGGUGGAAGUUCUAACUCUGCUUUUGAACCUCUUUUGCCCAAUGGGAUACCAUCACAGUUGGUCCCCAAGCCGGGAACCCUGAAAAGAGGAUUGGCAUCACUAGAGGAGUCCAUUGUAAAGAGGUCUCGCACUUCCUCCAUUAGCUCUGGUAGUGGAAUUCAUGCUCCCAGAGGAACUCCAGGAGGUGCGAGAAACCCGAUCUUCAGCUCCUACAGUUCUUCUCAUGGCCUUAGCCAGUGGACAAAACCAUCAACCCCCAGUUCUCCACUGUCUAGCCCUGGUUCAUCUCGUUGUCAGACUCCAGAAGGAGCUUCUAAAAGACCUAGAGAGGAUGAUGCUUUGUCUCCCAGUUCUGCCUCCUCAGUGAGGUCAGAGAGGACAGCUUUGGAAAAAGCACCUAUUACAUCCAAGCUGACUCCAAUCGCUAAGAUUCCCAUCGCUACCUCAGUGGACUCAACAGGUAGUGGAGGGAAGAGAAAAAGAAAGAUCCAGUUGGUGUCCAGCAAUCGAGAAGAUCAGAUUUCUCUGCCUCCACCUCCAGAGCUAGGCUAUAGCAUUACAGUGAAAGAUAUUGAUGAAGAGAAAAAAGCUGCCAUCAGUAAGAUCCAGAAAGUUCUGGAGACACCUGCACCAGAGCCAGAGAAACCGGUCUCUUCCCCAGUUACUACUUCAACAGUGUCCGCUUCCACCAGCAGCUUUACUGCUGCCUCUUCUACCACCACCCUGUCUAGCCUUCUAGCAGCUCCUCUCCCCAAAACCUCCAGUUCUGCUGUGGCAGUCAUUAACCUGGAUCCCAGCCCAGGCAAAAGUGUCAGCACCACACCUGCAGCUCCUAACCCUCUGCUGGAAGCUCUGAAAAGGAGCAGCGCUCCUGGCAACUCCACUGCUGCAGCCACCACAACCACAGUGUCUGUUCCAGUUACAACAGUGCCAACCAGUGGCCUAGACUUGAAGCCUGCAGCUGCAAUGAGUUCUCCUCAGCUGCCUGCUGCCUCACAGACUCAGCCCACCUCCACUUCCUCCUCAACUGGGGCACAGCAGCCCCCUGCCUUUACUCAGGUGCUGGAUCAGGUCUUUAAGUCUUCCAGCAGCACCCCACCUGUAGCAGGACUGCCCAGCCAGAACAAGCCCCUGUCUGCACCUGCGACCUCUGUCCCAGUCUCUGCUUGUGUUGCACCAGCCAGCAGCUCUGCGUCGGUCAGUCACACAAACCCUCUGCUGACUUCAGGGUUCAAACCCAUUUUUGGUGCUGUCGCAACCACCGCAGCCCCUGCAGCUUCAUCAACAUCGUCAACUUCAUCAGACAGCAAACCAGUGCAGACAUUCACACCUAUUUUCGGAGGAACAAGUGUAGGUGCUGUCUUUGGACAGCCUGCCUCUCUCUCUACCACCAACCCAACAAUGGCAGUUUCUUCAAGUAGUACGUCAUCCAUAUUUGGUAUGUCAACAAAUAGUGCCAACACCACACCCGCCUCAUCACCUUUCCCCAGCUUAAACAACCUCCCCACUGGAACAGCCGCCUCCACCGUCACCAAUACCACACAGCCUGUGGCCCAGCAAAGUGUUAACUCAGUUUUCGGAAGCUGGUCAGCACCACCCGCAACAACUAACAGUUCAGCUAUAUUUCAGGCUCCUAGUACAGGGAGCACAUAUCAAUUUGGAGCUGUCAAAACCACCACCACCACAACUACUGCUGCAGCUGCACCUGCACCUGCCCCAGCUGCGGCCACAACUUCAUCUAGCAAUACUACCUUUACAUUUGGUGCUGCACAGCCAGACUCCCAAGCUGCCAGCCAGAAGGUUUUUGCCUUUGGUCAGCCAGCACCCAGUCAGAACUUGACCACAGCUUCAUUUGGAGGCUUUGCAAUGGCCACUUCUGCACAGCCCACUACUACAUCUAACACACAGUCUACUUUUACUUUUGGGAAGUCUUCAUUUGAUGCCCCGACAACGCAGCCAACAUUUGGCUCCUCAACAACUCAACCAAAACCAUUUACUUUUGGUGGCAGUACAGCAUCAACCACACCGGCCUCGACCCCCACCGCAGCUCCUUUUACCUUUGGGGCUGGAGCAGCGGUGGCAGCUGCAGCCACAACUGCGCCCACAUUUGGGACCCCAGCUAAACCAGCAUUUGGAGCUGGUUCUGCUGGUUUUGCUUUUGGUAGCUCCACCCCAGCUGCAGCUAUGGCACCACCAAGCUUUGGUGCAGCACCAGCCCAGACUCAGAGCUCAUCCUCUACCACAUUCACAUUUGGUAGCAGUGCACCGCAGCCAACAAUGUCUGCUCCUUCUCAGCCAGCGACCGGUGGAUUUAACUUUGGGUCUGGAAUGUCUUGUCCUCAGUUUGGAACACCUGUCCCCAAUAAUCCUGCACCGCAAAUGGGAGGCUUCAACUUUGGGGCAGCUGCGGCUGAAAAACCAGUGUUUGGCACAUCUACCCCAUCUUUUGGUCAGAGCACUGCUGUAGGUCCAGUGCCCUUUGGAAGUCCUGCUACUCCACUCCAAGGCUUCAGUCCUUCUCCUUUUGGUUCUCCAGCGACUCCUUCCUUCUCUAUUGGUGCUGGAUCAAAGCCAUCUGGAGCACGUCAAAGACUACAGGCACGAAGACAACACAACAGGAAGAAGUAACCUACAUGUGUAUCUCAGCUUUUAUGGGACUUCAGUUGCCACUGCUAUGGCAAGUUCAGCCACUGUUGCUCUGUUCUACGCUCAUUUUCCCCAAACCAGACUGCCAUGCAGCCCCCGGCCUUCAUAUCCUGGUUAGAGCUUGCCCUAAACAAAGUGUUUGGAGGAGUAAGAAGACCCAGCUUGUGGAGUUCACACUGCCGGGAAGACUGAGGGAGUGUAGAAGAGGAAGGGUUGAAUCCAGGACAAUGUACAGUAAAUGAACAGAGACAGAAGACAGUGGUUUAGAGAAGCAUAUCCAAAGUUCUUUUUUGUUUCCUUUUACAGUAUGUGGAUGUGUUUUUUUUUUUUUUUUGGUUAGGGAAAAAUCAAGUC